AUGGUGCGUCAGCUGCACGACGGUAUGAUGGCGCGAGUAACGGACAAUGGAGCGGUCUCGGAGUCAUUCGCAGUGACCAACGGAGUGAAGCAGGGAUGCGUGCUUGCGUCUACCCUCUUCAGUCUUAUGUUCUCUGCCAUGCUGAUGGACGCCUACCAUUAUGAACGCCCCGGGAUACGCAUCGCCUACAGGACGGACGGUCACCUCCUGAAUCAGCGGUGGAUGAACUUCCAAUCGCGCGUAUCCACAACCACCGUUCACGAACUCUUCGAUGACAACUGCACCCCGAACACCACCCCGGAAGAGGAGAUGCAACGGAGCAUAAACCUGCUGUCGGCCGCCUGCGAAAACUUCGGACUGGUCAUCAACACGCUGAAGAUGAUGGUGAUGCAUCAACCGCCACCCGACUCAGCUACAGCCCCCAACGCGCCGCAAAUCAGCGUGAACGGAACCCAACUGCAAGUGCUGGAGAGCUUUUCGUACCUGGGCAGCAUCCUCUCCCUCAACGCCAAAAUCGAUGACGAAGUCGCUCGCAGGAUCUCGAAAGCCACUCAAGCCUUCGGCCGCCUCCAAAGCACUGUUUGGAAUCGUCACGGUCUGCAACUGAGCACGACGCUGAAGACGUACAAGGCCGUCAUCCUGCUGACGCUGCUUGGACAGUGUACAAAAAGCAGGCACGCCGCCUGAACUACUUCCACCUCAGUUGUCUUCGACGCAUCCUGAGGCUGAGUUGGCAGAAUCGAAUUCCCGACACGGAUGUGCUGGAACGGACGGCAAUCCACAGCCUCUACGCCAAGUUGAGACAAAUGCAGCUGCGUUAAAGAGGCCACCUGGUGAGCAUGGUCGACGAGCUACUAUCCAAACGACUCUUCUACGGAGACGUCGUCACGGGUUUUCGCCGCCAAGGAGACUAAAUUCGCCGGUACAAGGAUACGCUGAAGUCCAUCCUGAGGCGUCUGCAAAUUAAACCGACCACCUGCGAAGAACUCGCCCGCGAUCGACCGACCUGGUGGAAGACAGUGAAGACAGGAGCUGCGAUCUACGAAGCCAACCGCAUCGCCGCCGCCAAAGUGCAACGCGGAGCCCGCAAAUCACAGCUGCGCCCAGUCCGCAACGCCGACACACAACCGUCUUCAACGUGUCCUCGCUGCCAACGGAUAUUCCGGGCACGAAUUGGACUCAUUGAAUACCUUCGGAUCAACUGUACCUCUCGGACCGCACCAACAAACGUCCCUCCGCCCGCCUCUUCCCCCUCCUCUCCGUCGCCAACUAACUCUGGCUCUUCUUCCGAACCACCACUUCCAUCGUCAUCCUCCUCCUCCUCCUCUUCCUACUACUAUUUCUCCUCCUCCCUCACUGCCCCAACGACAGCCGCUCAGGCGACUAUCACGCACGACAACACCGCACACAUCCCCGACAUAGCAAUAAACACCCCGCCUACAACAUCGGACUUCCGAGGUGAGGACCAGUACUACACCUGCCGUCACUGCGACCGCACUUUCACCUCACGCAUCGGCCUGGUCUGUCACUUGCGAAUCCAUUGCACAGAGACUGGCGAACCAGUGCCUGGUGCACCCACCUACACCCACCACACUCUCCUCCACUGCCCAAAUUGCCCUCGCACCUUCACGCAUCGCAUGGGCCUAUUCGGCCACAUGCGCAUCCCCGACGACUGGUGGUAG